GACAAAGGUCGCACGAGCUGACCCACGCUAAAAACAACAAAUACCAGUGUAAAAUUUGCCUGUGUGUCUUUAAUCAGGGAAGUGUCUUAGCCAGGCAUGUACAGGCUCACCAGUGCGGAAAUCCAGAGUUGUUUACCAAGUUUUAUCCCAAUGGAUUCGACCUGAAAACAAGAGGCGAAAUUCAUCUCGACUGGCACUCGGGAGAAACUAGCCAUGUUGCACGGAGAACGGAUGUGACACAAAGGAGCGAUAUUAUGCAGUACCAAGCGACACAUGGAGUUGUCAGGGUUGCACAACACAUACACAGAGGUCCUGUGCGGUACAACUGCACUCACUGCACCAAGAGAUUCCGGGAUAAGAAAGACUGGCGCCAACACGAAAACACGCACACAGGUUUCAAACCGUAUUCGUGCAAAGUUUGCGGGAAGAAACUGUCCCGCCCGUAUUCACUCAAGAAGCACAUGCUGACCCAUUCAGAGGAGAAACCCAUUGUCUGUGCGAACUGUAAACAGUCUUUCCGACGCAUAAGUGGUCUUCUUUUGCAUCAGAAACAACACCACCCCUGGAUCGCGCGUCACGCUUGCUGUCUUUGCAAAACGACACACGAGGGAGUAGACGAUCUGGAGAGGCAUAUCCGAAGUGACCAUGUUGAGGUCGUCAGGGUAUUAGCAUCAAAAUUCUUUGGGGAUAAGCAAGCACUUGCUGCCCUAAGUAAUCCUAAAUCAUCGAAGCACCAGCGAACCAACGUGAUCUCUGACCAAGCAAAUCCGGAGGACGCAAUCGUGAUAUUUUUGUCCCGACGAGACCAGCAAGUUGACCGAACAACAGCGUCUCUCUAUGACGAGGCUGUAGAAGAGUACAGAUCCUUCAAUCGUAGGUUUAGGACUUAUUCGAUGGCACACACCUCUGCAGAAGGAAAUAGAGAUCUCGGAGAGAACACUGAUGUGGAGGACUGCCACGUUCCCACAGAAACUUUCUCUUUCAAUCACCAGGAACCUGGAGUUGCAUUGACAGAAAAACUGUUUUCCUCUUCAAAUUCUAGCUGCGUCAGUGAUUCCUCAAUAAAGAGACGAACAAGGCGAUACAAGUGUACCUAUUGUGGGUGGCAGUUUAGCAAUUCAGACGUCUUCAGACGUCACCAAUGCAGACAGAGAAGAACGCUUCAUAAGAGAAACAGAUUGUCUUGUAGUAAUUGCAAGGAAAUUUUCAACAAGAGAGAACAACUCCAACUUCAUCUACAGUCGUGCGGCUUUUUUUGCAGUUUGUGUUCUCAGAACUUCAAGACCAAAGGAAAACUCAAAGCACACUUGGAAAACUUGCAUAUGGGCCCUAGAGCUAGGCACCAAUCGCGCAGUGAAGAAGAAUUCGGCUCCACUCCAUCUAUGACUGUGGAUAAAGAUCUUUCCAGCGAUGAACCUGCUGCUGCCAAGCUUCCUAUUAGUUCAGCAGAAACCUCUGCCGACCGUUCCCCAUUCCACAACGUUGAAGUUGAAGGUUUGGAGGAAGUAAACACAAACGCGCAGUGUUUCAGAAAUUUCAAGUUUACAUCAUCGACGAAAAUGAGUAAACAAAGGAGAGCCAAACAUGCUGUUGUCACGUGCAGAGUCUGUCACAAGAACUUUUCUCAUGGCUAUGCUCUGAAGUUGCAUUUAAUGAUGCACGCAAGCGAGACAGAGUACAGGUGUCGACAGUGUGCUCGAUGCUUCAGUUCCAAAAAAGGUCUAACAGAACACAGAAAGAGCCACGCAUUUCCUCAUCAAACGUAUGACGUUGCUUCCCCUGAUUCUGUGCGAGACGAACAACGCAAAAACAACGGUGUCUUAUUCCGAGAAAAUUUGAAGUCAGGCUCGCACUUGGAGGUUAGACGAUUUCAAAGCCAGGCCCUUCAGACAAAGCCGCACAAGUGCGUCUACUGCGGUUGGGGUUUCUGGACACGAAAGGACUGCGUCAUUCACGAACGGACGCACACAGGAGAAAAACCAUAUGUGUGUGACACGUGUGGCAAGAGCUUCGCCCGGAAUUACUCGCUCAAGCUUCACAGCCUGACCCACGAUGGUAUGAAACCCUUUCGCUGCAAAUAUUGCAACAAGGGAUUCUCUAGUGGAGGAUACGUCAAAAUUCACGAGCGCAUCCACACAAAGGAGAAACCGUACACUUGUAGGGGAUGCGCAGCGCGGUUCUCUUGUAGCUCUAGUUUGACAAGGCAUGAGAAAUCGUGCAAACUAGAAGAUGAAAAGCGACAGGGGACUGGUUUCUCAGGCAGUUGGUCUUCUGUCCAAUCAUCAUCCUCGGUGAAAAGGGGAUUCCUAAAAUGUACAUCCGACGGACAUAACAGCAAUGAAUCUAUCAUACAUCCCAAAAGAUGGUUGCGAUACAAAUGCAGGUAUCGUGUGUGUUUCUUUUGUGGUUGGCGGUUCGGCGACGGAAUUAGGUCACAAAGACACCAAAAUUGGCAUCGUAAACGCUACCAUGUUGAAUUUCUUACUUUGAAGGCAACUCUUGUCUCUCAGUCAAGAUGUAAAGAAACAAUGAAAACGUCGGAAGCCAAAGAUCCUCUGCACUGCGAAAGAUGCGACAAACACUUUCGUGGUCCUAAUGCGCAGAGGUUCCAUAUUAACCACAUUCAUGCAGUGCUUUGUCCAUUCUCGUGUGCUUGUUGUCACAGAGGUUUUCAGUCGUACACAGAUUUCAAAAACCACCUCAAAACGUGCACCCACGACAAAAUGAAGAGAUGAUAGAGUGUCUACAUCUCCAGUAGGGCAUCAGAAGGUAUGCCAAACCUUCCAGGCACACAAAUUCCACGAAUAGUUUAGUUCAACAAGACUCUUGACUGGGUCCAACUCAAGGAUCUACCUCUGCAAAGUCUGGUACAGCGGGAAUGGUUGCUUCAUAUUGUGGCGUUGGUCCACUGACACCAGAGCUGCUUGAUGGUGGAUCUAACCAGCGUUGAGAUCGCUGAUCGAGAUCCAGAUCCUUGUGAAAGAAACAGGCCCAUUAACUCAUCAGAUAGAACACGACGCCACAGAUGUAGAUGACAUGUACAGUGGCUUAUAUCCAGUUCUCCUGAAACGAUCCUCUUGCAUCUUUUGUUCCCUGAAAUGUCCCACGUCACAGGCUGUCUGGAAGCACGUGCCUAUUUACACAGGAACGAGGUCAUUCCUGUGCCAAGAGUGCGGUUGAAUCUUCCACCAGAAGUUGCAUCCAGGAAAACACGUGCUUAUUCACGUGUUGAGUGAUCAGUGUGCGACAUAGGUUCCUCUCACAAACACCAACUUACGCGGAAGUCGUUGACUUACACCCAACACCUUCGGUCAUACAUCUGCCAUCUGUGACAUUUGAAUCCAGCUGAAUGGGAGCAUAAAAGAGACUGGAACGGGUGAUUCACUAGCGGAAACACAUGACAAGGGCUUUCUUAAGUGUUACUCCUUGACUACAUGGAUGAAAGUCGUUUUGAGUGUCACAUUGCAUUUGCUUUGGAGGCUUCAGUGAUGAAAACAAACCGAAUUCCCCAGACUAAAGACACUGUUACUAUACCUCGUGAUUCGGGGCAAGCUUUUGCAUUGCGACCAUCAUCUCUAGAAUUGACUGGUUCCUUUGUGCCUCUAUUAUCCAUUGAAAACAGCGUAUUGGUGCAAUUCAAAUUGUUAUGUUUGCGUGGACUUAAAGAAAACAGUGUACCAAAUUUAUUCAAUUUUUAACUUGCAAAAGGCUUAUUAACCUUUAACUUCCAAACCGAGGAUAGAUAAACAUCUUUAAACUGUUUAAGCAUUCAAGCCCUUCAUGUUUUGCUUUAUACUAAUAUUUUUCAUACACGGUUCUGUUCGAGACCGGAAAAUGAAAAAACAAUUCCAAAAGAUAGAAAGAAAGAAUGUGUUGUUGACAAGACUGCGCAUUGAAUUUUGGCAUUAUUUUAAGAUUUGUUACCAUCAUUUUGGGUUGUAAUCAUGUUCACGUAGGCGACAUUUUAAUCAAGAGGUGUGAUCUGGAUGACAACCCAAUAAUACUACGUUCAAGAAAUCAUUCGUCCAGCAUCAUAAGUCAAAGGGAUAGUUGUCGAGAAAAGUGGCUUGUUGGUUUCUUUGUGAACUGGGCCCGGCGAUCAGUCUAUAUCUGCAUGACCAUCGAUCUUGCGCGGCAUUAGUCGAUAAUUCUAGCAUAUUCGAGCUGAUUUACUUAUUCUAAUUCACAAUUUUGAAAGACUGUUUUGAAAAGGGGAACCAAAGUCCGAGAUUUCCAACAGGACCGAAAAAGGGCAACCCGAUCGGGAGAUCGACUGACCUCGCAGAUGGACCGAUCGUGCCCAACAGAAUCACCACAGACCGCCUACAUGUAACACCAUCAAGCUUCGUAGACCAUGUGCAGUUGGUUAUUUAUUUUUUUAAGAAAGAACAAAUUCAACAACCUCAUCAAAGGCCAAGUAGUGGGCUAUUUUCUUAGGGUUAUCAGCAGUUAGGUAUUUGACUUAUUAAUGUGCAUUUUGUCAGAAGAAUUAAUUAAGGUGUAAAAUGCGCAUGACGGCCGCAACAAUUACAAGACUUGUAAUUAUGCGGUGUUGUAUGUAAGUCACGUGACACACAUUUCAAAGAUUUUUACAAAAAUUGUGUGGUGUGUUGUACUUUUCAAUUAGACGUAAUCCGUUCAUAGGUGCAUGGAGGAGAGCCAAUUGGUAUGUCCAAUUAGUGACUUGGCUAUACCUGUAGUCUUGGCCCAAGACUGGAUUUGCAUUGCUUUAUCUUCGUUCUCUGCGUGGGAAACGAGCGCUAGGCCAUAUUCACAAAUUGUGGAACGAACUUUUCUGAAAUUCAGAACAAUUGAUGCAUACGCCAAGGGGGUGUUCCAAAUCGUAGCAUCGUCUCCGUUCACGGUGCAGAACUUGAUGUCGAUUGAGCUUGUACGCCAUUGUUGAGUUCAAACUCUAUGAAAAUAGGCCUUCGUGUGCUUUUUUGCAUGGGUCGGUAGCACGUUUUGAUGCUGCUUUGCAAAAAAAGGAUAAUUUGUUGAGCUUAAAGCUACAAAGUCAGGGAAGAGGGUCAAGACUGCACGCUACAUCGGAAAUCGUGUUUGAGUUUCAAAAAUUGGUCGGAUAGGAAGUGCUGUUACAUGGGGAGUGAAGGGACGGAAUACGUGCUUUUCUUGUCCAACUAAAAGUUGAAUAGUUUCAGACUUUUUGUUUUUCACUAUUCAAUUUUUUUUGGGGGGCAGAUUUUUGGGAUUUUCUAUGCUGAUGAAUUCAUGUUUUUCCAUAUUCAUUAAUAAAAGUUUGAUGUUUUUCCACUAAUAAA